AUGUUAUAAUUGAAAAAAGAAUAAUUUCGAUAAUAAAUAAGGAGACAACGUUUAGAUGCUCAUUUGAUGUAAGCUAGACGUCAUAUGCUAUCUAUUACUUAAACACAUUAAAAUGAAUUGCAUAUCAAUAGCAAUGGCUCACCACCUAAGCCAGAUUAAAUUUUUAUCACCAAAGAUAUCGCUUCAAUAAUGUCCACUAUUUUCAAUAGCGAACUAACAAACUCAAGUUUAGAGUAGUUAUAAUAAAUAGUGGAUUCAUCAGAGCAAGAGGAAUUGGAAAAUACCUUUGUGCAAUAUUUUCUUGGUUAAAGAUUAUUGUAGGCUUACGAGAAGGAAUAGGAUCUUAAUCAAAUCACUGAACUUCAAUACAUUAUAGGAUCCAUAGCUAAGAAGUCUUAAAUCUGCAAAUGUAGGCUCUUAGAAUUGAAUACUUUUUAAAGUGCACUUAAGGUGUUAAACUUUGAAAUAGAGUAUGAUGACUACUGCAUGUUAUCAUUAGUGUACUUAAUUACUAUUUUUGUAGAAUCAGAUGCUCAUAGUUAUUCGGAUCAGAACAAGCUGCUCUUAUUAACAAUUUUAGAAAAACUUUGUAAGAAAUUAGUUCUCAUAAAUUAUAUGGAUAUGGAUAUUGAAUCAGAAGAGGAGACAUCGAAUGAGGUUUAACAUUCUCUUCUCUCUUAAAUCUUUUAUUUCCUUAGUUGUUUCAUUCAAAAUUCAUAAUUCGCUUUUAAUAUCACUCAUUAUUAAAAUAUCUGGAAAAUUGUUUAAUAAACAGCAUUCGUAUUAUAAGAUGCAUCAUCUUUAAGAUUGAAUGCUUUAUAAGUGCUUGCUGAAAUAUCAAAGUAAUCAGAUAAAUAAAAAUUGAGUAUUCUUCAAAAAAGCCCUUAAAUAUUGUUUUAGUUAGUGGAAGUCUUGGAAUUUCACAUUGCUUAUAAUUCAAUUAACAAUUGUAUUCGUUUGCAAGCAUCAUUAACUUUGAAAAAUUUAGUUUCUAUAAAAAAUUGUUAAAUAAUGAAUGAUAUUCACUCCAACAAAAUACCUAUUAACUUUUUAGAGAUAGUGAAAUUAGAAGAGCAUCAGAAAGUACUUUACCAUUAAAUUGAAGCAUUUUAUUAUAUUUGUGACUAAAGUACCUUGGAAGAUUGCCUUGAGAUUUACGAAAAUGGAUUAAUGAGCCUAAUUGUGUCUAACUUUUAAGAAAUCAAAGAUACCAAUAAUUUUGCGUUGUGUAAAUCUUUAUUAAAAUUAACUUAUGCUAUCAUGAAACAUAGUGAAUUUGAGUAGAAACUUAGCGAUUAUUUUAGAUAAUACAAUCUGUUGUAAUUUCUAAAUGAUAUAGGCGUAUAAAGUCAAAAUUAGAAUAUUAUAAAAAGAGCAACCAAAAUCUUAAAUUACUUUAAUAAUUGA